GUGGGCUUUGAAUUAAAUUUGUUGUGCUUUUGAAAAAAUUUAAAACAUGUGUGAUGAGGGCGGUAUCCGCUACAGAUAUAAAAGAGGUGAAAGAAAGUUCACCAAACCAAAAAAGUAGCAAUGGAGAAGAGGACCCGCAAAAAAGGCCUCUUAGCCUGGAAGAUCCAAAAUCUAGGGAGGAACCUACGACCCAUCGCUCUAAGGAAGAACUUAUCACCAUACAAACUUAUAGUUCGCCAAAUACAUCCAAAAACAUGGAUAAGAAAAGCUCUAUUUCCGAAAAUAGCGAAAAUAUAGACCAACCUAUCAAUAGAAAUCAACUAAACUCCAGUAAACCCCAUGGUCAAAGAACUCCUUCUGAUAUUUCCUUACUCUCAAACGGUGAAUGUGGGCCUCAAGUUACCCAUAAUAAAUGCGUUGAAGAUAUUGGAUUGGACACAGCUAUCUCUGGGAUUUCAGUUGAUUCGGAACUCAGCUCUGAUUUAAGGGAGGAGCUCUUGGAGUAUGAUUCUUUAAAAACUAAUAAAAAGAAAAGAGAUCUAAAGAAAACUGAGAAUAUUGAAGAUCCUGAGGAAGAGUUUAGGAGACAUUUUCUGAAGACUUUUCAAGAACUGCCUAGAAUAUCACAAAUCUCCCUGGACGAUAAACCUAACAAGAUAACACAUAGAGAAAAUAAUAAAGAAACUGAAAGUAACACUGUGGAAAAAACACCAAGUACUUCCAAUACAAAAAGGAAAAAUAUUGAUAGCCCAGAAAAAACAUUAUCUCCAACUAAUGUAGAAAAUAGUGCGACAGAAAUCAAAUCAAAUAUGAAUAUUUCAGAAACCAGCAAAGAUCAAGUUGUAAAAGAAGAAGAUAAUAUAGAUAAAAUAUCUCCCUUAUCGUAACAAAAAACAUAUGUUCGGGAACGGAUUUUUUAAUUAAAUUUAAUUUACUAUAUAUAAUUUAUGAAAAGACCACUAAGAAUAACAUAUUUAGGAAUAUUUUUAUAGAUUUAUGUCAUUUUUCGCAGUGUUCUAACAUAUUUCGUGGAAAUCACAUCAACUUCCGAAAUGUUCCUCCCUUUUUUGCCCUGACCACUUCAAAGUCACUCAUCUCCGGAGCAACCAAAUCGAAAAAAUUUUCGGGCAACUUCAUGACGCUAAAUUAACUAGCAGACAUUUCUAUUAGCUCUGCGGAAUGAAUGCCAAGGCAAUUUACGCUUAAUAUAUGCACGAUGCUGUCCGCCCGAUAACACUCGAAGAAUGCCAUGAGUUUUGGGUGGUGGAGGGUUAAAGGUCCUUCAUUGCCAGGUUGUUGGGACAACGCCACCGCCCCUGUUGCUAUCUAUCUUUAUCUACGGGCGGCACGUGGAAAAGUUUCGUUCGCCUAACUUUGGCAUUGGGCUCUAAAUGAAUUUAAUGACUUGGAAAU